UGUGUCGUUCACUGGACGCAAGACGAAUAACUUGCUAAAAGAUUUUUUUAUAAUAAAAUUAAAAUGAUGAAGAACGCUUUGAUUGUUUUUGUGGUGGCAAUAUUAAUUGGAGACAGUUUUCAGCAGCAAUCUGGCGCCCAAUCCGGGGCGAGUUCAGGAGGCGGUGCCGGGGGUAGCGCGGGGGGUAACGCGGGGGGAAGUGCUGGAGCCAGCGGGGGACUCGGUGCCAGUGCCGGCAUGGGUUUCAACGCCGGAAUGGGCGGUAGUGCCGGCGGUAACGCCGGCGGAAGCGCCGGUAGCGGAAUGAGCGGUGGUUACGGAAAGAAGUAAACAUGGCGUCGCUUUAUAUCGCUUCUAAUAGUUCUAAUAAAGAAGGCCUAGGAUGCGUGCUGCGGUGACGUGAACAUACAGGGUGACUGGAAAUUAGAGGCGGAGCCGUUAAGGCCAGGUAGUCUAGGGUUAUUCUGACAGAUAUCACUAUGAGACCUACCGUCCUUAUUUAACCCUUUCCAAGAUAUUCCUACUUAAAGAGUGUAACCAAACAUUUUCAAAUAGUAAUAAAUCCUAAAAAAAAUGUGAUUUUGGCCUACUUUGUUUUGUUUUGCAACAAAGAUUUCUAAAUAAGUAAUAUUCAUUACUAAACAAAAACAUAAAUACGGACGAUAGGUCUCAUAGUGGUAUCUAUCAGAAUAACCCUAGACUACCUCCCCACUAAUUUCCAGUCACCCUGUAUAAUGCGCCAUUUUAUCGAUAAAUCUUAACGUUUGUCGUCAUCAUCAUUAUCGAUAAGAUUUUAUCAUGGCGCGCAUUUUAGCCCGGCUGAACCCUAUUUGCAAAACUAUUGGCUCUAUGUCCCUUUCAUAAUUAUCAGACUUGUAACUUGUUGUUGACAAGUAGGAGAAACUAAUAUUUACAUCAGCAUCAGACCCUAAAGUUGAUAACUAUUUAAUGAGAAUGCAUCAAAGACAGCCAGAACAUGCAAAUUUUGAAAAUAAAAUACACAAAGCAUUUUAAAUUAUUCCAAAAACAUGAGAGCUAGAUCAGGGCUCGUUCCCAUAGUGCAAUGUAUUGUCUGUUUAAAAGUGUGUUUUGUUGAUAAAAUUACAUAAUGUGUAUUGUGUACUGUACAACUGAAUAUAAUGUAGAUAUGUAAAAGAGCAAUAAAAUACUUUAAAGAAAGAAUCUUAAAUGUUA